UACGAAUGAUUAAAUAACAAAUUAUUCUUUAAUCAUUCGUUGCAUCCCUAAAUGAAAUUGUCAUGAUGACUAUGGUUGGAUAUUUUGCUUAUCUCUAUUACUGUGUGCUUUUGAAAAUUGACAGUAGGGCUGUUGUAAACCAAUAUUUUAGUAUCGCGUAACCUGUUGAUUGUUCAUACGAUUAAUCGAGUAAUUGCAUAAAAAAUAAGAUAAAAUAAAACAUUUGUAAAUCUAACAUAUCAGCAGAGUUACUAUUGGAUAUCUAUAUCAGUCCAAUUUUUUCACAUUUGAGCUUCCCUAACAGUUACUUUUCUGUAGUUUAGAAAAUUAACCUGUAACAAUAAUAGCUGACUUUGUAAGUUAGCCUGAAGAAAAGUUAAAAAAAAAUCUGAAAUUUUAUUUAAUAAUAAAAAGGCAAGCUCACAAACACGCUAAUAAAAAACGUCAAUACUCCAGGCUUUUGUUUCUGUAGUCAUCUGCAGUCACUUUAAUAGAUGAACUCUCACCUUGCCCAGACAUUUAUAGCUGUUGUGUUCAUGUUAGCGACGGGAUUUGACGCCUUUGUUUGUCGCACACAGAAACAUCUACCAGCUAUGUACCGUCACAAUGAGCUUCGCCACACAUUUGUUGAGACCGGGAUGAUAUGAAAUAAAUUUUCCGGUUCGUCCCUAAAGCUACACUUAAGUUAAUCAUCCCUCCCUCGGGAAUUCGAGCCCAGGAGGCUCAGCAGGUUCCGACGACCAUGAUUUCGAUCCGUCAGCCGACAUGCUUGUUCAUGACUUUGACGAUGAGCGAACCCUAGAGGAGGAGGAAAUGCUGGAGGCAACAGACGAGACCAACUCCAACGAGAUCGAAGACUUGGCACGGGAGGGGGACAUGCCCAUACAUGAGCUACUGAAUCUUUACGGUUAUGCGAGCAGAUCGCCUGCAGAGGAAGAGGAGGAGGAAGAUGAGGAGCCAGAGGAAGAGGAUGAGGAGGAAGAGGACGAAGAAGAGGACCUUGAUCCUGAUGAAAGCAGCAGAAGCACUGGAGAGCUGAAGAAAACAGAGGGUGAAGAUUUUAAGACUUCAUCAGAACAAGGCAGCGAUUCUCAGACCGCUUCUGACGGCCGCACGCGCUCAGUCCGGUCACUCGGCACGGCAGAACUCAUUCGCCCUCAGAAACUCAAGUACUUUGAAAGUAACCAUGACGUGGAAGACGAGUCCGAUGAAGAUGAGGACUAUGUUCCCUCUGAAGACUGGAAGAAGGAGAUAAUGGUGGGUUCUAUGUAUCAGGCUGAGACUCCUGUUGGUUUGUGUAAAUAUAAAGAAAACGAGAAAGUUUAUGAAAAUGACGACCAGUUGUUGUGGAACCCUGACUGCGUUCCCGAGGGGAAAGUUGUGGAGUUCUUGACGGAGGCGUCGAGGCGAACUGGAGAGGAGAAGGGAGUGGACGCAAUCCCAGAGGGUUCUCACAUCAAAGACAACGAGCAGGCUUUGUAUGAACUGGUGAAAUGUGACUUUGACACAGAGGAAGCUCUAAGAAGACUGAGGUUUAAUGUAAAAGCAGCUCGAGAGGAGAUAUCAGUUUGGACUGAAGAGGAAUGUAGAAACUUUGAGCAAGGACUACGAGCUUAUGGGAAAGACUUUCAUUUAAUACAGGCCAAUAAGGUGAGAACUAGGUCUGUAGGAGAAUGUGUGGCCUUUUAUUACAUGUGGAAGAAAUCUGAGCGUUAUGAUUUCUUUGCACAGCAAACCAGACUAGGAAAAAGGAAAUACAACCUUCACCCUGGUGUCACGGACUACAUGGACAGAUUGUUGGAUGAGACAGACAGCGUGACGUCCAGCAGGGUGGCGUCGCCUCCUCCCACCACGUCCAGCAGCAGCGCCAGCCACUCUGAGAGGGAAGACAGCAGCAGUCAGAACGGUGAGGAAAAACCACGGCUUUCAGACCCAAACCAGGCGAAGCGUUUCAGUGUCGCGGGUCAUCCGGUGGACUCAUCUCAGUUGCCCGACUCGACCCAAGUGAAGGUGGAGGGCGUCCAAUCCAACGGCCCGUCUCACCUGGAAACGGAGCCGCUCCUCUCGGUUCCAGACAACACCUCCAACAGCUGCGGCCAAGUCAGCGCGCCCAGCCACGACAGAAACGGCUCUCUGGAGCUUCUGCUGGACCACAAACCGGCGCCGGUGGUGGAGGCAGCAGCCGUGGCACAGGACAGACCGGCCAAAAGAUGCAGGACUGAAGCUGAGCCUCUGAGCCAGAGCGAGGCCGAUCCAUCCAGAACACACGAAGACUAAAAGGCUUUCAGGACCGCCAUUGUUCGUUAAAUAACACACCGUUUUUGGGGUGAUGUUUUUCUCUUUUUUUCCACCCCUCAGUUUCUCCAUAAAUGACUAGUUUAGUGGAGCAGAGGACAAAGACGAUGAGGCUCUGAUGAGCUGUGAGCACAGAAUCUCUUAAAAGACUCACUUUAGGAAGGCCAAAGGUUGAUGAAAAGCCCGUCUGCACCAACACAUCCCAAAAGACACGUUUUGCUCAUCUUCUCCACUCCUGUUUCGGAGACUGUCGAAAUUUUGCCAAGAAUUCUCUUUUCUUUUCUUUUUUUCUAUUUGUACUUAAAUAAAACAAAUCAUCUGUGAUAUUUUUCUACGCAAGAGAUAUUUAUAUUUUCUAACCAAAAAUAAAAAGCUCUAAUGAUAUGGGUUCUUGGUGUUCAAGCCAUUCGUUUGUUGUUGAG